AUAAAUAAAUCGCUAAAUUUUGGGGAAAUAAAACAAAACAGCAACACAGGUCGUAAACGACGCCGGACCAGCAUGGCCGGUCGCAACCGCCUUCCACCGCAGUCAUCCUUAGCCCGCGCCAUCCCCGAACGCCACAUCACUCACCACCACCACCUCGAAGACCGAAUCUCCAUCCAACACCGCGAGAUCCAAUCACUCCUUCUCGACAACCAACGCCUAGCCGCCACCCAUGUGGCGCUCAAGCAGGACCUAGCCCUUGCCCAGCAAGAGCUCCGCCACCUAUCCGCGGCCGCUGCCAACGUCAAAGCCGAGAGGGACCCCGAGGUGAGGGAGGUCUACGAGAGGUCACUGAAGAUGAACGCCGAAGCGCGCGCCUUUGACGCGAUGAGUGCGGAGCUAGCUCACGUACGGGCUGACGUACAGAAGUUUGCGGUGGACCGUCAGGAGCUAACGGCUCAAUUGGAGGCGGUCAACAAUAAGUUAGCCAAAGCAAGAGCGGAGACGAAGCAAGCGGCGGUAAUUAAGGCUGAGAUGGAAACCGUACGCCAAGAAAUUCACAAAGGAAGGUCUGCUAUUGAACUUGAAAAGAAGACGCAUGCUAGUAACCUUGAACAACGUCAGAUAUUGGAGAAGAAUAUAAUCCUUGUGACUCGGGAAACAGAAAAACUACACGCAGAACUUGCUAAUGCAGAGAAGAAAGCAAGGGCGGCAGCUGCAGCUAACCCAAGCCCUGCAUAUAAUGGAAACUAUAAAAUUGUUGAUACCAAGUAUGGAGGAAGUUCGUACCCUGAUACGUAUUCCAUGCCUCUGGCUGCUGCUGGUCCGGAAUCUGUUCCUGGGACGAGAUUCACAGUUGCUUUUGAGGGCCAAGGAUCCCAUACACCUUAUGAGAAUCAAACUGGUAAAAAAUUUGUGCUGAAUUCAGAACCAAUUUCUACCGUUCCAAACAGUAAAUCCGAGUAGUUCAUUUA